UAUAAUUGGUAUUGUAUUGCUCAAUGGUUGUUUUAGAUAUUUUAAUAAUUGAUCAAGGAAAGAUGUGUGCUGUCAAGGUUUAAACCGGCUUAUGAUUAUCCCUGGGUAUUUACGCCGCUGCUACUAGAUAUGGAAGGAUAUUUUGUUUUUGAAGUGGUCAGUGCGUUUUUGGCCAUUACUGUUAUUACCAAGAAAGGUUGCUAUGGAAGUGCCUGUAACGACAUAAACAUAGCAGCAGGCGGUUCACUGCCAAGCGGAAGUUAUUCCAUUGUUAAUAACAAAGGCGGAAGUUUCAGAGUAUAUUGUCAAUUCUAUAGCGGGUACGGAUAUACGUUUAUUUCAAAUACAACUGCAGUCGACGUCGACAUGGCUUUACUGAUGGACGAUACAAGUCACGUUAUCGUACGACAUAAACGUUUGGAUGGACAGCAGUACACCUCAACAAUAAAACAACUUGAUAGUUUUUCUAGCGUUCCAAUUUCGAUUCAAUUUAACGGACAUGCUGGCUAUACAACAUUGUUAAAUACGCAACUGGCUCCUUACAUCUAUGUCGGAUUUAUUCCAACAUCGCUCAGUAACAAGGGUGAUACACAAGGAUGGAAGAUAAACAACGACCCGCUAACAUUUAACAAUUGCGAUGGUAACCCAAAUAGUUACUUCGCUUUUUUGUUUAACCACAAUAAUGUCGGAUAUACAAACACAGCAAGUGGUCACAGUUCAUUAUUAUUUUCGUGGUAUAGUUCAGCUACACAGAUACCACAGCUGGAAUAUCUACCCGACGAGUUUUUUACUUCGUACUAUGAGAUACACCAUGGUGGUUGUGGCGGUUUUGGCACGGCUGACGGUAUUGCAGAUGUUACUGGUGCGACAGUAGGAGUCAAAUUCCCGUUAACUUGUGGACCUCCUGCUGACAUUGGUUACGGGACUAAAUCUUACGCGGACAUAUCUAUAGGCAGUGCCGUCCUGUAUUCUUGCAAUGAGAAUUACACCAUGAUAUCUGGAGAUGCGACACGCACAUGUACAGUUAAUGGCAGCUGGUCGGGAACACUACCAGCUUGUAAAGAACUUGUGAAUGUGGCAAUAGGAAAGACGGCCUACCAGACAGACACCUACUGUUGUGGCAGCGGGGAUGCGGACCUGGCUGUGGAUGGUGGCGUGUCACAGUACUGGCAUGACGGAUCUUGUUCCUUGACCGAGUCGAAAGCUGAUACUUACUGGGAAGUGGACCUUGGAGACCUUUACAUUAUAGACCACGUGACAAUUCUUGCAAGAAUUGACCCAUGUUGUGAUAGUAAACUAAGACAAGUAGAGUUAUACACCGGAACUGCCAAGACCUUCUUUAAGCGUGUCAGCUACUAUGAUGGGGUUAUAACCAACACGCACACAUUUCACAUGGACCAUACAACACAUGCUCGGUGGGUGAAAAUAACCCGUGUCUCCAGUGUGGACGAGCAGCUGUCGUUAUGUGAGGUGCAAGUUAUGGGAUACAAACCAGCAUCCUUACUAUAUAAACAGAAAGCAAAUGAGAUCGGAAACGGAACUGCUCUAAGUGUAUCUUCAUCAUGGUCACAAAUGGAUUGCUGCCGGAAAUGCUUCCGUUACCCAGGAUGCCUUGCCGUUAAUUUAUUCCUCAACACGUCAAUGUGUUACCUUCUAGAUUCGGACAGUUAUACCUCCAACGAGGAUCAAAACAUCGUUUUCUUUUCAGCAAACUACAAUUUCGUAUAAACGUGUUUGGUAUUGGACUGUUCGUUUACGAUUCUGUAAAUGAAGAUACAGGCAGUCACGGAUACAUGACAAGACUGUAUAUUGUUUCGCUUGUAUUAUAUAGUGUUACUUUGAAAGAAGUUAUAUUUUGCUUUCGGCUAGGUUCAGGUUGGAUAAACCUCAGUUGUGAUGGAUCCUGCUGUUACUUCUGUGAAUAGUAAAAACCAUAAGACCAUUUUUAGUUC